AGUGCCCGGGAGCGCGCGCCUCGGCGCGGGAGCGCGCCCCGGGGAGAGCCGGAGCAAGAUGGAGGCCGCGCAGAGGACGCCGCCUGGGCCAAGGCAACCGCUGUUAGGAGCAUCGAGCACCGGAGCUUGAGCCCUGCCGGUCCCGGAUCAGCCGUCCCGACUCGGCCCAGCUCCCGCCCCGCGGCCGGUGGUCAGUCCUGGGCCGGCGGCCCCCUGUCAGCCGCUGCCGCCGGCCCCGCCCCCGGGCACCAUGCUGCCCUCGCAGGAAGCCUCCAAGCUCUACCAUGAGCACUACAUGCGGAACUCGCGGGCCAUCGGCGUGCUAUGGGCCAUCUUCACCAUCUGCUUCGCCAUCAUCAACGUGGUGGUCUUCAUCCAGCCCUACUGGGUAGGCGACAGCGUGAGCACUCCCAAGCCUGGCUACUUCGGCCUCUUCCACUACUGCGUGGGCAGCGGGCUAGCGGGCCGCGAGCUCACCUGCCGGGGCUCUUUCACCGACUUCAGCACCAUCCCGUCCAGCGCCUUCAAGGCGGCCGCCUUCUUCGUGUUGCUUUCCAUGGUGCUGAUUCUCGGCUGCAUCACCUGCUUCGCUCUUUUCUUCUUCUGCAACACUGCUACUGUCUACAAGAUCUGCGCCUGGAUGCAGCUCCUGGCAGCCCUGUGCCUCGUCUUGGGCUGUAUGAUCUUUCCUGAUGGCUGGGAUGCUGAGACCAUCCGGGACAUGUGCGGGGCCAAGACAGGGAAGUACUCCCUGGGGGACUGUUCAGUGCGCUGGGCGUACAUUCUGGCCAUCAUCGGCAUCCUCAACGCGCUCAUCCUGUCCUUCCUUGCCUUCGUGCUGGGCAACCGGCAGACGGACCUGCUGCAGGAGGAGCUCAAACAGGAGAACAAAGAUUUCGUGGGCACUACAGUAAGUUCCGUGCUGCGGCCAGGAGGUGAUGUGUCUGGCUGGGGAGUCCUACCAUGCCCUGUUGCUCACACACAGGGACCCUGAAAGCCGGGAUUUUAUAGCCCAGGAGUUGGCCUGACCUCAGCAUAUCCCGUCUGCUGCCCUCUCAUUCCUGCGUUCAAGCUCCAGACCCAAAUCUUGAACUGGCUGCACACGGACCUCCUCCGGGCUCUGAAGAGAGGCAGGGGCUAGGUGGCAGCCUGGCAAGAAGGCAGAGCCCUUGAGAUCCUGAGUCUGGCCCCGCCUCCAUUGGACCUAGUGGAGCCUGGGCCUCCCUCUUUGGUCCCUCGGUUUCCUUCUCUCCUGUGUAGACUAGCUGGAGGUCCCUGGGGAUCCCCAGGGAAAGGACGCUCUGCCGCGCAAUCUCCUUGGACCCCUUCAGUGUGCAGGGCUGCCUGCUGCGUCCUUGCCUGCCGGUCCUGAUCGCCUAAAGAGACUUACUCAACACACUGCCCCAGGAGGGCCAGACUCUUUCCUACUUUAUUUUUAUUCGCUGAUGAUGGUCCCACCACAUCUGCCACAAAGCUCCAGGUGCCACCAGCCCCCCAACGGGGCCUCCUCUGCCUCCCUCAUUCAAGCCUGCACCCAGCUCUCAAAAGAAUCUGAGCCGUGCUGAGGGGGAAAGGAUAGGGUCUUCCUUCCUGCUGCUGGUAGUCCUUCAUCACCUCAGAGUCUGAGGGGGAGACACGGGCUCUGGAGGCUGUGGGAGGAGGAAGCUAGUUCCAGCCUGAGGCUGGCCUGGCCUCUUCCCUACUGGGAUAUCUCACUGGUGACUGGCCCCUCGAGCCUGGCCUGUUUUGUACAGCAUAGACUUCUCAGGCCCAUUGUCAGGGUUGGUGGCUGUGGAGAGGGGGCACAGAGGUGGGGACUUAGGGGUUACCCCUCUCCUUCUCAUGCUUCCUACACCCUGGACAUCUGCCAAGGGCAGAGACUGUCUUGCGUCUUUGAUACUUUUCUGCCUAACUUGAACUUGCAGGUCACCUCUGAACAGGGUACCCUUGUCCCCACCCCAGGCCCUGUUACCCUGUCCCUGCCUCUUUCUCCUCUUUGCCCACUUCUCGCCUUGCGAUAAGCCCAGGGUCUGCAACCUCAUGGGCAGUGCUUGGAGCUGAGGUAGGUGUGUGUGCAUGAGUGUGUGCGUGUAUGUGUGUGUAUGUGUGUGUAUGCGUGUGUAUGCGUGAGUAUGUGUGUGCGUGUAUGUGUGUAUGUGUGUGUUUGUGUGUGUGUGCGUGUGUGUAUGUGUGUAUGUGUGUGUGUGUGUGUGUGUGCGUGUGUAUGUGUGUGCAUGUAUGUAUGUAUGUGUGUGUUUGUGUGUGCGUGUGUGUGUGUGUGUGUGUGUGUGUGUGUGUGCGUGUGUUAGGAAAGGGCAGAUGAGAAGAUCUCUCUUCUCCUGCAGUGGGGGGCCCCUCCCUCCCCCUUAGCAGAGAGAAAAACGAGGGAGAUUCCAGGUGGUUUUUUGUUGUUGUUGUUGUUGUUGUUUUGUUUUUUAUUUUGUUGUAGUUUUUGACCAUCUUUGGCUACCUUAUGGAUCUGGUGGCAGAGCCAUCUAAUCAUAGAAAAGCCUCCAGUUUCCAGUGGAGGGGUGGCAGACGAACGUCAUCAAACAUAAUGUCUCCGAGGACACGGCCUGCUGCCUGGUCCUUGUGUCGAGGAAUGUGUGCCUCCUAUAGGCUGUCCAGGAGGCGUCUCACUUCCCUGUGUUACAUUGGCCUCAGCCAGAGAGGAAGAACGGCUAGUCUAUGAGUUUGCUGUCCUUGUGUUCAUUUUCAGAGGACUUGGAGCUGAGUUAGGAUUCCUGAGCCAGGCCCAUGACCCAAGGCUGCCCCAGCAGGACCCUACCUGGAAUCUGAUGCUGGUUCCUGGCAGAAUUCCUGACACUUGGAACGUUCCAGAUCCCAUCUCCACAUUUUCUCCUCUCUCCUCCAGGGUAGACACCUCCUCCUGAGCUUUGGCCACUGCCCUUGUCUUCCCCAGCUCUUGUCCCAACCUGGUCCCUCCCUGGAGCCAGAGUGCUGGAGUCAUCUUCAGCAGGUAGCCAGGAGACUGGGAAUGGACAGGGAGGGUGGGGGAGCCUUGUCAGAAGGAGAAGGGAGCAGGAAGUCAGAUCCUCAGCUUCAAACCAGAGGGGAGGGUCCAGGUAGUGGCGAGAGGGGCAGGAGUGGGUGACUGACUGAGAAGCGGGCAGGAGCAAAGCCGGCGAAGUAAAGAUGAGGCAGGAGACAGGCGACAGGCAUGGAAAGGGAGGAAUGGAGAGAAUGGAGAGAGAGAGAGAGAGAGAGAGAGAGAGAGAGAGAGAGAGAGAGAGAGAGAGAGAGAGAGAGAUCUGGAGAGGCACACACAACGAUGGAGAAGUGAAGAACUAGAAUGGGUUUUCCAUGGAUGGGCAGCAGAUGAAGAAACCUGGGAGGUGGGAAAUGGAGGGGUAAUUCACAGGGAGCAAGAACAAAAUGUAGAGAAGAAAGAAGAUAGUGGGUAUGUGUGUGAAGAGGAAACGCUAGGGAUUGAGGAGGGCAGCCAUGUGUGUGCUUGGAGAGCCUGUUUUCCUAAGAACACUUGCUGCCCAGGGGGUCCCUUGUGCUUUGGCAGACAGGAUAGAAUUGACUUCUUGGUGUCUGCGGUAGCUCUGAUCCUUUGGAGAGAACUGUGUGUGUACAAGGGACCGAGCAGGCCAGGCUGUGUUAGAUAGAGGUGGGCUAAUGACAGAGAGGAAGGGCAUGAGUUCCCUCUGAGGAGUCGUCUACCAGUGUUCUUGCCACUCUCCAGCCAACCAGCUGCUGCCCAGCGGUGCAGUGUGGAGUUUCAGGCUGGCAGGCUGAGGUCUGCAGUCUGCAGGAGCCCCAGGGUAUCGCGGGGAAAGAAGAGAGGGAGCAAUGGGAACCAAAAUGUGGUCUUGAAGGCUUAGAAGAGUUAGGGACAAAGAAAAUGGAUGUUUCGGCCAAGAACUCAGGUGAGGCUCUAACUGACCUCCUGGCAGUUGACGUAGGACAGUUAGGGCGGGGAGCUGGUGUUAGCCUUUGGGGAAGGAUAGGAUAUGGACAUCAACAUCUCUGUUUCUGAUCACUAACCAAGAGCUUCCCGUUGUUGGGUCCCUGAAAAUCCUCAGCUAUUUGUGACUGGAUGGAGAGGCUGGUGUUUGGUGUUAGCGGAUUUCUUUGCUCUUGACAGAGAGGGGAGAGGAGAAAGCAGUUAUAGCUUCAAUGGGGUCCAGCCUCUGCUCCAGAGCACUGUUUAGACUAGUCCUUGGGGUUGAGGGAAGUAGAACACUGCCCUCUAAGGACCAGAGCUAUGGAGGAAAGCUGUUCCAAGGGCCUGAGGAUGUGGGGAAUAUUAACAUCCUUCUGGGGCCUGCAAGAGCCAAGAUGGCAGCUUGCAGAUGGCGCUUGGGAGGACGGGGAAGCUUCUACAAGUUGAGUCCCUCUUGAGCACAGAGGGACUAGUCCUUCUCCAGCCUCUGGUAUGAACCAAAAAAGGGAAACCCUCUUGGAAGGGCUGGAUUCCUUCUAGCAUGAGAGGCUUCUGGGGGCCCUUGUCUGGCUCAGAGCUAGCUUUUGGGUGGGACAGGAGGUAUUCCUGAGAAGAGAGCAGGAGCCACCAGCCAUCCCAGGACUCUGACUGGCAGUCCUCCAAGGACCUGUGCUGUGUGUUAGGGUAGCUUGGUGUUGUCUGUGCCCCACUAGUAAGUUCUGUCUGAAUGUGUCUUAGAUGUUCACUGUCCAAUUUGGUAACAUUUCUUUUGGUCCCGCCCCCUUCUGCUGCUGGAUUUAUGCUUCAGUGCAGGUGGAAUGGUGUUCAAAUAAAGACACAAUUUAUAUCACC